GUCAGUAUCCUAGCACAUAUACAACAUAUUUAGGGAAACACUCUUUUUUUGUGGAAAAUUAGGACCAAGACAUAAUAAACACACUUCUGAUGCAGAGUGGCGUAGCACUGAAUGAAGAACCCAGUCGGACAAACAGGGAUGGCCACAUGCAAGAGCAGGACUACUCUUCUGAAAGCCAUUACAGAAUUGUUUCACCAACAUUCCGGUAUAAGAUGACUCCUCAGCAUGUCGGGAUGUGCGUCAUUAUUAACAACAAAAACUUCGAUGAAAAGACAGGGAUGAAUGUACGUAAUGGCACAGACAGAGACGCAGGCGAGCUGUUUAAAUGCUUCCAGAGCUUGGGCUUCGAUGUCUUCAUAUACAAUGAUCAGACAUGUGAAAAGAUGGAGCGACUUCUCAGAGAAGCCUCGGAGGAGGACCACAGUAACAGUUCGUGUUUCGCCUGCAUUCUACUGAGUCACGGCGAAGAGGGCAUGAUCUAUGGUACUGACGGGUCCAUGCCCAUCAAGUCCAUGACCUCACUGUUUAGGGGUGACAAGUGCAAAAGCUUAGUCGGGAAGCCAAAACUCUUCUUUAUUCAGGCUUGUCGUGGUUCAGAAUUUGAUGAUGGCAUACAGACAGACUCUGGUCCUCCAAAUGACAACCUAGAGACAGAUGCAAAUCCAAGACACAAGAUUCCAGUUGAAGCUGACUUCCUUUUUGCCUACUCAACUGUGCCAGGCUAUUACUCCUGGAGGAACCCUGGACGUGGCUCCUGGUUUGUCCAGGCACUGUGUAACGUCCUCAGUGAGUUUGGAAAACAACUGGAGAUCAUGCAGAUACUUACGCGUGUCAACUACACGGUGGCCACUAGCUUUGAGUCCUGGUCUGAAGACCCUCGCUUCAGUGAGAAGAAACAGAUCCCAUGUGUUGUCUCAAUGCUGACCAAAGAACUGUACUUUAACUGAUUGCUGCUCAACAGAUUUACAUAGGCCCCCGUGGACUUGACAUACUAAUGUGGGUACCAGUUAAGAAGAAUAGGAUUCAGGGAUCAGACACAGCACAUUCAGGUGGGGGAAAGAACUCUUCUGUGCUAUCUUCAUGUGAUGGUG